AUGCAAAGCCCAUGUGCACUGUUCAGUGCAUCAUCGACGAGCUGCAGUUUGCCUGUCCCAUCACGACAUCGCGGCCUCCUUCACUCUCCCCGGUUGAGACCGAAGUUUGGAUUCAAGUUCGGCUCCAGUUGGACCUCCCUGCGAGACCAGGCCACCGCGUCGCCCGUCCCCUGGGCCUCGAAUCUGCAGCCCGCACCACGGCUAAGCGGCGGAGAACAGGCGGGGCCGCGCCGAGGCCGCUGGUGGAGCGCCGUGGUCAGAUUCGCCGGGCGGUGGCCCCCUACAGCAAUGCAAUGGCGGGGGGCGUGGAUCUGGUGGUCCGCCGCGCUGGCGCUGUGGACACAGGCGGCCAUGGUGUCGCCGCAGGGACUGGACCUCGGGGGGAAUGGUGACGAGUGUGGAUCGGGUCAGGUGUUUCCCGUGGAGCACGAUGGAGCCUUCCUCGUUGGCUGUUCCGCGUUCGGCGGGGAGAAUUGGUGUAGACGGCAGGAUGGAUCGUUUGUGCUGUGCCCCGAAUUGCCGAUUGAGCAGGAAAUUCAAGAUGUGCCAGAGCCGUCAAGGAAGCCUCCUAGGCGGAAAAAGGCAGCAGGCCAACCUAUUCCCGAUGAUUCAGAUAUUUCGCCAAACGUCCGACUGGAGUCCACACCAGGGCUCACUGUCACCAUAACAGAAAUUAUGGCCGUAAAUGACAGGUAUUUGCCUGACGACGAAGGCCAGUUCCCGGACUGGAUCGAAAUCCACAACGCAGAAUCCUUUGACAUCAGCCUAAAGGACUGGUCCAUAACAGAUGACCCAGACGAGCCACGGAAGUGGCUGUUUCCUGAUCUGACUUUUGUUGGAGGAGGUUAUUACGUCCUUUUCGCCUCAGGCAAGGACAGGAGCACCAAUGCAAACGCUCUCCACACAAAUUUUCGGUUGAAAUCUGAUGGCGAGUACAUUGCCUUAGUCAGGCCUGAUGGCACCAUUGCCACUGCAAUAUCGAACGAAUACCCUCGACAGCUUCCUAAUAUCUCAUAUGGAAUCCCUGAUCUGACUGCCUUUCCUGAGGCUGACAAGCUGCAGAAUGUCUUCACAUUCCUCUCCCGUCCCACUCCUGCAGAACCGAAUUCAGAACCACUGCAAAGAGGACCAUACAUCUCAAGUGUGCUCCAUGAGCAUGGGGAGGAGAUGCCCCCCGAAGGAGAAGACCUCACUAUCACCGCGUUUGUUGCAGAACACCUGCAUCCUGUGCAGCAAAUUUUUCUGACUUACAGAGUCAACUAUGGCGAAGAAGCAGCAGUGGAAAUGCUCAACUCAGGCAACCACGUCUUCACCACUGUAAUUCCUGCGGCCACAUUUACUGCAAGUGACAUGGUUCGCUGGUUUGUGACGGGAGUGGAUACGGAGGGCAACGAAUCCAGGGAUCCCCCCCUCCUCCCUGAGGAGUACCCUGUAUACUACGGAACUGUCAUUGCAGAUCCAUCUGUGAAGAGCGACCUUCCGAUUCUUCACUGGUAUUCAUUCGACCCUGCAUUGGCAACCAGCCAGGAGGGCGGACAGGGCUCCCUGUACUACGAAGGGCGCUUCUACGACAACGUGCUUUCCCGAAGGAGGGGGGUCACUGCUUUGACAUGGCCAAAGCCGAAAAUAAAGUUUGACUUCAAGGGAAAGGUAUUCAAAUUGACGGACCACCGGAGUGUUGAAGAGUUCAACCUCCAGUCCUUCUGGGAAGAGCCUGGUGAGGACACGUACCUGAGAGAGCCAGUGGCCUUCCAAGUGAUGCGCGAGGCUGGGGUUCCUGCACCACAGAGUUUCCAUGUCCACGUCCGCCAGAAUGGCGUCUACUACGGGCUAUUUGCAUUCGUGGAGCAAAUUGAUGAUUCCUUCCUGGAGAAAAAUGGUAGGAGUGUGGCGGGGAUGCUCUUCAAGGCGACUUCAGAGCAGAGCAACUUGCGGUGGGAUGUAAAACAAGACGAUCUGAGGUUCUACUACAGGAAAGGAAACCGGGUGCAGGUGGACGACUGGUGGGCGCUGUACGGCCUGAACCAGGCGCUUGGAGGCGGCGGAACCAUUUCCAGGUCACUGUUUGUCCUUGAGUACCUGGAUCUCCCAGAGAUAAUAAACUACAUGGCUGUCAACAACCUCCUGCUGAACCAAGAUCGAUGCACGAAGAAUUUCUACAUAUACCGUGAUGCCAUAACCGAGCGUUGGUCGAUUCUCCCGUGGGAUACUGAGAGCGCAAUGGGCAUCAGCUCAGGCCUCGGAGGGGUCCCAGCUCCAGAUUACUGCGUUCUGGUGUGUGAACAAUGGAACAGUCCAUUGUAUUGCGACAGCGAUCACCCACAGGACAUUCCUCUUCAAAGUGGUUUCGUUCCUGGAGGGUUUGGCGUAGCAGGAAGUGGCGUAGCGGGAAGCGGUGUAGCGGAAAGUGGCGCAGCGGGAAGGCGACUCUCCCAGACUUUGCAGCAAAGAAUGCAGCCAAGGGAAUACCCGGUGCCAACGGCGGCAGAGUACGACGCUGAUCUCACAUUCACACCGGCGGAAACGGGUCCAAGAGGUAAUUACCAUCAUCUGGAUGAUGCCAUUCUGGACCUACCCGUAACGAGGACAAUGUACGUGCGGAGGCUACGGACACUGAUGGACCAGUUCCUUAAUGGAAGGCUCAAAGAGAUCAUCGAUGAUUAUUACAAUCUAAUCCGAAAAGAAGCCGUAAAGGACAACAAGCAGUGGGGUGUCACAGAUGACGUGACUGCGCUGGACAAAGGCUAUCAGCAGCUCAUCGAAGAGCAGCUCCCCACCCGAUACACCCAGCUGUAUGAGACGUACGGUCCCUUUGGCGUCGUUCCUUUAAUACCUGAAGCACAGCCCGAGGCGCCACAGAUGCAGAUCGUGGGUGUCGAUCUGGCGCAGGAAAAUCUGCUGGAGCAGUACAUACAAAUUUACAAUCCCAAUGCUUUUGCGGUGGACAUGUCAUCAUGGAAGCUGCUCGGGUCGGCAUUGUAUGUCUUCCCUCCAGGUACUGUCGCCUUGCCAGAGAGCAACCUCUUGCUGUCGCCCAGCAUCCCAGCAUUUCGGAAUCGGCCAGUCUCUCCGAGGGGUGGCGAGGGCCAUUUCGUCCUUGGCACCUACACAGCCAUCCAGCGGUCGGCGGCCAUCACCCUCACGCUCACCACCGACACUGGAGCCCAAGUGUCCACAUUCGCGACAUAG